CCAUCGCGCCAGUCCGCUCUCCGCCCGAUCGAUCUCGCCGAGUCUCGCCGAGUCUCGCCGUCCGCGAGAGCCAAGAGCAGUGCAAAAUAAGCCUCGGCCAACGAACGAACCCAAUUACGGCGGUUUUGUGCGGAACCUUCUUACGCUGCGAAGUAUGGAGGUGUAAGAAGUGUUACCCACUAUUCAUUUGGUUCCAACUGUAAAUCCUUGAUCAUGAAAAUGGUUUUGUCACAGCGUCAAAGAGAGGAACUUAAUAAGGCCAUAGCUGACUACUUGUGCAGCAAUGGCUACAUGGAUGCCUUGGAAGCCUUCAAGGCUGAAGCAGACAUGCCUGGGGAGAUCGAACGGAAAUAUGCUGGUCUCUUGGAGAAAAAGUGGACCUCAGUCAUCAGGCUCCAGAAAAAGGUUAUGGAACUUGAGGUUAAGUUAAAUGAAGCGGAGCGUGAAUAUAUCGCUGGCGCGCCUACUCGAGACAAGCGAUCUCCCGCAGAAUGGAUUCCAAGACCUCCAGAGAAGUAUUGCCUCUCUGGGCACAGGGCACCAGUUACUAGGGUAAUUUUCCACCCUUUGUAUUCUGUGAUGGUAUCUUCAAGUGAGGAUGGAACUAUUAAAGUUUGGGAUUAUGAGACCGGAGACUAUGAAAAGACAUUAAAGGGUCACACUGACAGUGUUCAAGAUAUUGCUUUUGAUCACACUGGCAAAUUCCUUGUCUCCUGUAGCGCUGAUAUGUCAAUCAAGUUGUGGGACUUCACAUCUUACGAGUGUGUCAAGACGAUGCAUGGCCACGACCACAAUGUAUCCUCAGUCACCUUCAUGCCCUCGGGAGACUACCUACUCAGUUCCUCCAGAGACAAGACCAUCAAGAUGUGGGAGGUUGCUACAGGAUACUGCGUGAAGACCUUCACAGGCCACCGGGAGUGGGUCAGGAUGGUACGGGUGUGUAGUGAUGGCUCCCUUAUUGCUUCCUGCUCCAAUGACCAGACAGUGCGCGUGUGGCUAACAGCAACAAAGGAGUGUAAAGCUGAACUACGAGAACACGACCAUGUGGUUGAGUGCAUUGCGUGGUGUGAGGGAAGCGCGUGCACUUCUGUCAAUGAAGCUGUCGCAACAGAUAACCGUAAACCUAAUUAUAAGGGCCCAUUCUUGAUUUCAGGGUCAAGAGAUAAAACAAUUAAGAUAUGGGAUGUUGGCGUAGGACUUUGCCUCUUCACUCUGGUUGGUCAUGACAACUGGGUGCGCGGUCUCCUGGUGCACCCAGGAGGGAAGUAUAUCCUCUCGGCCUCAGAUGACAAAACUGUACGCAUGUGGGACAUAAAGAACAAACGAUGCCAAAAAACUCUGGACGCUCACUCCCAUUUCUGUACAUCAUUAGAUAUGCACCGGAGUGCCCCUUAUGUGAUCACGGGCAGUGUGGACCAGACGAUCAAGGUGUGGGAGUGCCGCUAAUGAUGGAAUUGAAGGAGCCAUGCCCCACCUCCCCCUCCCGCCAGCUUGCUGGUCACCCCUUCUCCCUACUGCAUGCUGCCAUCGCUGCUACAGAUGCCGAUGUUGCUGCUCCCCAGGUUGCUUCUACUCCCACUCUUCUGACACCUGAGCUGCUGUCUAUAAUACACCCAUCUGAGGAACUUCCACACCCUAUGUUGAUUCCUUGUUUUUCUCACAUGGGUGGUAGGUGCAGUAUAUUUCCCCUUGGUAAUAAAAAAAGGACUGAUCUAGUGUAGCCAGUAGCCAGUGUGCAGUGCGAGACAAGUGGCACAAUAUGUGUGGGAGGAGAAAGCCCCCUAAGUAAUUUAUUAUUUUAAUUUAUUAUUAAUACUGAUGUAAUAAUACAAGCACCAAACCCUUUGCGGCACUUUGGGUACGGUUGCUGAUAGAACGGAGGAAGUUGUAAGAUGUGUCCAGGGUGGGUAUAGAGCACCUGUAUAUAGAUGCUUUUUGUAUUGCCUCUUUAUCAUGCACUGAUGGUGGAGGCAGUAAGCUGAAGGAAGGGUGGCAAGUAUAGAGUGAUGUGUUGCUGAUCGUUUGUUGUUUUACGCCAAAGAAGAGAAAGAGGUGUUUCUUCAAAAACCAGUGAAUAUAUUAAUGAAGUUCACUUCUGUAUCAGAACAGAUGAUACCAGUGAUGAUUCAUUCCCAGGUGUUCAAAAACAAAACUUGGCUGAUCAUGGAUUAUUAUUUACAAUUUGUAAAUAUUCGGUAGGAGUAAAUAGUUAACAACUAUAAAUUUUUUUGGGAGAUCAUGGAACUGCAACGAAGGUAGUGGGUACAGUCAAGGGUAAAUGCGGACAUGCAACUGUCUCUUCUCAUAUUUAGACAUGGCAGACCGGGUUUACAGGCUAAACUGAAAGAAGUUUUUCAUGCAAGUCAUGUACUAUAUUUUAUUAUUGAUAUUGAAUAGUGUACCUGUCAGUAGGGACAGAAAAGGUGAAAGUUUAGAUUGGUUAUUAUUUAUUUACUUGAAUGACAGAGAACUGUCUUAAAAGUUUAAAAGGAAACUCAGGUCUGUCAAUCUAUUAUAAUAUGAGAUUCCACAUG